UAGGCUCGGCGGCGCCGGCAGGGCUUCGUGGAGCGGUCGGCGGUGGCCCUAGGGAGGCCGCGGCGCCAUGGCGGGGCGGUAGACGUGCUCAGGCCGGCGAGGCGAGAGGCGGCGGUGUUCAUCCGGUCCGCAGCACCCUUCGGCAGGGGCCUGGGGUGGGGAGGACCGGGGCGGGGGUCGUCGCGGGCAACGCGGGGCCGCGGGGCGGGGCUCGCAGGCCGUCGGGGUGCAGGAGGCCUGGGCCGCCGCGAGGAGCCGCCGCAGGCCGCUGGGCUCCGCCGCCGGGCCGCUUGACGACGACGCUCCCGCGGGGGCCCCGCCUGAGCAGGACGCGGCCGCGGCGGCUGCGAGGCCACGGGAGGCCGCGGAGGAUGGAGGAGCGGAAGGAGGAGGGCGAGGCCGAGAUCCAGGAGCACGGGCCCGAGCACUGGUUCUCGAAGUGGGAGCGGCAGUGCCUGGCCGAGGCCGAGCAGGACGAGCAGUUGCCCCCUGAGCUGCAGGAGGAGGCGGCGGCGGCCGCGCAGCCCGAGCACAAGCAGCAGAAGCUGUGGCACCUCUUCCAGAACUCGGCCACCGCCGUGGCCCAGCUCUACAAAGACCGAGUGUGUCAGCAGCCAGGACUUUCUCUCUGGGUUCCCUUCCAAAAUGCAGCCACUGCCGUCACCAACCUUUACAAAGAAAGCGUGGAUACCCAUCAGCGAAGUUUUGAUAUUGGAAUUCAAAUUGGCUAUCAGCGACGCAAUAAGGAUGUGUUGGCUUGGGUUAAAAAGCGCAGAAGAACUAUUCGUAGAGAAGAUUUGAUCAGCUUCCUGUGUGGAAAAGUUCCUCCACCGCGAAACUCUAGAGCUCCCCCAAGACUGACUGUAGUGUCCCCUAACCGAGCUACUUCAACGGAAACUAGCUCAUCUGUAGAGACUGAUUUGCAACCCUUCCGGGAAGCCAUAGCUCUGCAUGGUCUUAGUGGUGCAAUGGCUAGUAUAAGCGUGCGUUCGAGUACCCCAGGCUCUCCUACACAUGUAAGCAGUGGAUCGAAUGCUAGUCGAAGGAGAAAUGGACUCCAUGAUGUCGAUUUGAACACUUUCAUAUCAGAAGAAAUGGCACUCCACUUGGACAAUGGUGGAACUAGAAAGCGUACCUCAGCCCAGUGUGGCGAUGUCAUUACAGACUCACCAACCCAUAAACGCAACAGAAUGAUCUAAACUGCAAACAUUUUCACACCCACCAUGCUGCUUGAAAGCCACUUGAUCCUCAACAUAUACUAUUAUUGCAAAGGAAACAUGAGGCCAUCUUCCCUUGUUCACUGUUUUAAGACAAGUGAAUUCUAUAGUGGUUGCCAUAAAAGGAAGUUCUAGGUAUUAACAGUAGAUGACUCUUGUAACUAUGGCUUUCUUAAAACUAUAGUCCUAGCAGAGGACAUCAGAUAUCGUGUAGUCGUUAGCAAGAUCAUCAUAGGCAAACAUAUAUCCGUUUCAAGGCUAAAAGUGACCUUAACUGUAUUUAUUCUCAAAGGGAAAGGAAGU